GCUGAGUGAGCUGCGUAGUAUCCUCCUUCAGCAGUGAGCGCUCAGUGACACAGCCAGCUCUGCCGCCUGGCCCAGGUGCCCAGAGAACGCGUGGCAGUACAGGGCCACGGAGUCCCCUCUCGCUCCCGCCUCUGCCAGGAAGGAAGCUGGGAUGUUCCUGACUCUAAUCCUCCUGCUCGCUGUUCGCAGCCAGCGAGCCAUGGCCACCCAGAGGCAACAAGGCGUGGAGUGCGUCCUCUUCAACGAUCAGUACCUGACCUGUAUGUGGGGCAGCAAAGAGAUGCCGACAGCCAAUUAUUCGCUGUAUUACUGGUACUUUCCCCCAAGCUCUGUCAUGCCAGUGGAAUGCAAGUACUACCUCCAGGAGAAGGGCAUCAACACGGGCUGCUGGUUCAACCACAGCGAGAUCAUCCAGUUCCGCACCUUCUACAUCCACAUCAAUGCCAGCCAUGAGGGCAGGAGCCUCGUCAUCCCCACCAAAGGCAUGAAGCUGCAGGACCUAGUGAAACCCGCUCCGCCAGUGAACCUGACCAUCCAGAACAUAACCAAUAACCAGCUGCAGCUGACCUGGGACUCCAUGUACAACAAGCCCCACUGCCUGGAAUACGCUGUCAGAUACAAAAGCAACAAGGACACCAGAUGGACGGAGCACUUGACCAGUGGCAAGAUCUUCUCCUUCCCUAGCGUGGACUACGAGAAGUAUUACACCUUCAACGUGAAAAACAAGAUCAGUCAGUACUGUGGCACCACCCAGCUCUGGAGCGAGUGGAGUGUCCCAGUGUUCUGGGGCAACAAUGCAACAGACAAGGGCGUGGCAGAGAAGCAGGCACCAUGGUUCUGGAUUCACGUGGUUCUCCCCACUGCCUCUUUGAUGCUCAUCCUGGUCCUUGUCAUUUUGUUGAUUCGAAUGGAAAGAGUCUGGGUUAUUCUCAUGCCCAGAAUCCCCAACCCCAGCAAGAACUUCGAUGAGCUCUUCAACACCCACCAGGGCAACUUCCCGGAAUGGGCCGGAGUCUCCAAGGACGUCGUGGAGAGCUUUAAACCCAACUACAGCGAGAGCUUCUGCUACGUCAGCGAGCUACCCCCCAAGGAGGGCAGCACGCCGCUCUGGGAGGGCCGCGACAAGCCGAGAGCCCCCUCGGGGCGCUCCUCAGCGCCAGCCUCCAGCAGCAGCCCUGGGCUGAUCCUCUCCAAAAACAGCUACGUGGGAGUGUGACAUUACCAGCAGGAGUCGGGAUUGUCUGCUUCUAUCGCCUCUCCUCACACUGCACCCCCACUCUCUGUGCCCCGCCCCAAAGCCUCCCCCAUCCACCCCAGCACCCUUCGCCCCAUCCUCACACAUAUACUCCUCCCCCAUCCACCCCAGCACCCCUCCCCCAUCCUAACACGUACCCCUCCCUCAUCCACCCGUCCCCUCCCCCUCCUCACACAUGUACCCCUCCCCCAUCCACCCGUCCCCUCCCCAUCCUCACACAUGUACCCGUCCCCCAUCCACCCGUCCGCUCCCCAUCCUCACACAUGUACCCCUCCCCCAUCCACCCGUCCCCUCCCCUUCCUAACACAUGUACCCCUCCCCCAUCCACCCGUCCCCUCCCCACACAUGUACCCCUCCCCCAUCCACCCGUCCCCUCCCCAUCCUCACACAUGUACCCCUCCCCCAUCCACCCGUCCGCUCCCCAUCCUCACACAUGUACCCCUCCCCCAUCCACCCGUCCCCUCCCCCCCUCACACAUGUACCCCUCCCCCAUCCACCCAUUCCCUCCCCCUCCUCAC